UAGCAAAAAUGAGCUGUGCUGUUUCCAUUUUGAAAUAUGUGUUGUGCUUUCUCAAUUUCCUCUUUGUGCUUUUAGGUGUUGCUCUCGUGACUAUUGGUAGUCUCAUGAACCAGCAACUACAGGGAAUUGAAGACGUACUGAAUGGAAAGAUGCAUACUCCAUGCACAUUAGCUGUAGUACUUGGCAGUUUUCUCAUCGCAGUUUCCUUCUAUGGACUAUUUGGUGCUUUUAAGGAGCGUCACUACUAUGUCGUAACGUACGCUGUGUUCCUGUUGACUAUACUUCUUCUGCAAACACCUGUUGCUGUAAUGGCUAUUCUUUAUGGUGACAGAAACUUCGUUCUUCAUACAACAAUAUACGAUUUUACAAUCACUUACUAUACUGACAGUAUCAGCCAAGAUGUUAUGGAUACAGUUCAGAAAAAGUUGCAGUGCUGUGGUGCUACUGGGCCAGAAGAUUAUAUAAAUUUAAACCCAUCUACUCCUGAGGUACUGCCACCAUCAUGCUGCAUACAGGACAUUGAGUGUUACUAUGAAACAAAUUCUACUGAAACCUUCUAUACCAAAGGAUGCUGGUUUGCUGAGGAAGAAUUCUUGGGUUUUGUAGGAAUGUUGAUUGGAUGUGCAGUUGUUGCAUCUGGAGUACUUGAGGUUAUAGGGAUCACAAUGGGGUUCUGUCUGGGAAGAUCCCUAAAAAAAAGGAAACAAUGAAGGUACUAGACAGUAAAAUGAGACUUUUAGGAUGUACACUAGUAAUUAUUGCUCAUUUCUUUGGAGCAAUUUGCAUUAGAGAACAUGUAAUUUUUAAUUUAUUGCAGAAGCUGUGAUUUUCUGUUCCUGAAGCUUUUGUGCCCUUUAAGAAUGAUUUAUGUGCAAAGAAUGCCUUAAAUGGUCAUUACAUAGAACCAUGAAACACUCUCUUAACAAAAUUCAUAAACUUUUCCUUGUAAAUGAAAAGAAUUUAAAUAUUGAAACAGAAAUUAUAUUUUUUAAAUAACUUAAUGAUCUCACUUAUGAAAGUCUAUAUGAGACUGAAAUGAACAACAAAUCAUUGUUGUACCAUAUCUAGAUGAAUAAGUUUAGUUUUAUAUCACUUGCUUUAGUGAAUUAUUGUGCAUUUCUCACCUUUCAUGUGGGUUACUGUACCUCUAGUGCCUAUAUACACAUGGUGUAUCUGGAUGUACACAGCUCAUUAAAUAGUGUUUUAGUUUCUCACAAUUUUCAUUUCAGUUCUUCAUCUCUAUUGCUCCAUCCAUUACUAAAUUAACAAAUCUUGAGACAUUCUCCUUACCUUCUUUUUCUACUGCUCUGUUCUAACAUGUGCUACUGACCAUCACAUUUCAUGCAGUAAAAAGCUUUAAGCUAACAGAGAUAGAAAGUGGAGAACAGAAUGCUCUUCUCUGUCAUCAGUUUCACUGAUUCAUAAUCAUUCAUAUGUUUUGUUUUACUGUGACCAUUUAUUGAGCGAAAAAUCUGCUGACUCCAGAAAGUAUUUCCUUUAUUACAGCAACUUGUGUUCUCAAACAGAACUGUUUUUAUGUAGCAAGCAUAUUCAGAAACUAAUUUAUAAUACACCCAAUGGCUCUUAUAAUGUAUUUCUUUGGGAAUAGCCCUUUAACUUCCGCCUCCUGCCUCUUACAUAGCUCUAAUUCAGUAGUGAAAGUACAAUGAAAUGGAUGCAAGAGGAAUUAUCCCUAAUCUCUCUUCCUUCAUAUCUACUUCUUAUCCUCUCUUUGCCUCUUAUGACCUCUGCCAAAUCAGUAUUAACUCUCAUUCACACCAUUGUCAUUGCCAUUAGCAUUACCUCUACUGUGACAGCUACUACCCUUUCCAUGUCCAUACAGAUUUUCUUUACUCUCUUGACAUUUGAAGUAUGAAAAUAUAUCGCAGUCUGAUACAUACAUAAAAAUCUGUCCUAAAAUAAUAUCUGAUCCUACAUAUGGUCAGCAACAACAACAGUCAGUAACAGGGAUUCUCAAUAAUUCAUUAGUUAUUCUAUAUGCUUCGUAUUUCUGUAUUAUCUGCCUUAAGUAACUAGUCAUAUUCACCAAAUUUCAAAUUUCUAUAGCACAGGUAAAGCUGAGUGUGACAACUAAAAAGCCAGUGAUAUAUUAACAGUGCCAUGAUUGUCUAUACAUCUCAUCUCAAUCCUUACAGCUUAAGUAAAUAAUAACAAAUUACAUCUUUACCUCACUGCUUUUUCUAUGGCAGUUCCAUCAUAUUAAAAAGCUGUUUGAGUCUAAUCUUAUAAGUAAAUGUUCACUAAAUGUCCACCUUUACUUUAAAAAAAUUAAGACCAAUAGAUAUAAACCUUUGGAAGAUAAAUGUUUUAUACACACCAACAAGUGCAUUUACUUUCCAUGGGUGAUAAAAUACAGAUCUACAUCAACAUCCACAUCUCCAAACCACUGUGAAGGGCAUAGCAGACAAUACUUACUGAUGCUUAUUUUUAUCUCUCUUUCUUUACUGGAUUAUUCUACAUUUUUCCAUCUUUCAUAGAACCACUUUUAUUCCAGUAUUCCUGCUAAAAACACAGUCAUCAAAUAAUGUUUUCCUUUAUAAAUAUCAAUUUUCAGUACAAUUCUUCUUCUAUAUUGUGCCACCUAUCACUUAUAUGAGAAAUCUUGAACAUCAGGAAAGUACUGUUAAAUAGUACUAUUGAAUUACUCUUUAAAUUCGUCUUUGCACACUGUAAUUAGCUUAAUUUUCUUCUUGCAGUAUUUAUGGUUGUAGUAGUAUUCUGGAUUCCUGUCUGAACACUGAUUGUUCAAACUUUGUGGGCAGCAAAAAGCAUCUGUUAAACAAAUUACCCAUGUUCAUUCUCACUUUCAUUUAUAAGUAACUUUUUGUAACUUUUUAUCUGGAUACAUAUAUGUUGAUAGAGAAGCCUGGACAUGGCUAAACCUCGUGAUGAAAUAAAGAACUUAAUUGAGGAAUUAA